AUGUCAGAAGGGGAGAGCAAGGACAGCUCUGGCAGCGAGUGCCCUGUGUGCUAUGAGAAGUUCCGGGAUCUGGAGGGCGCCAGCCGGACCCUGAGCUGCGGCCAUGUGUUCUGUCACGACUGCUUGGUCAAGUACCUGCUCUCUACCCGGGUGGAUGGACAGGUGCAGAGGACUAUCGUCUGCCCCAUUUGCCGCUAUGUCACCUUCCUCAGCAAGAAGAGCUCCCGCUGGCCCUCCAUGCUGGACAAGAGCUCACAGACCCUGGUUGUGCCGGUUGGCCUGCCUUCCAUGCCCUCACCAGAUCGUGGGGGCCACACAAACCCCCUGGCUGUCUCCCAGCAGGUCUGGAGACAAUCACCACACCAGGGGACUCAGCUCCCCUUGGACCUGCUGCCCACCACCCUACCCCGAGAGUCGCAGAUCUUCAUCAUCAGUCGCCAUGGGAUGCCACUGGGGGAACAGGACAGUGUGCUGCCCCGACGCAGCCUGGCAGAGAUCUCUGAGGCAUCCCCGGCUCCCAGCGCCACCCGCUCCUUUUGCUGCCGGUCUCGGGCCCUUCUGCUCAUCACCCUCAUUGCCGUGGUGGCUGUGGUAGCUGCCAUCCUGCCCUGGGUGCUGCUGGUGAGGAAGCAGGCAUGAGUGGCACCGUGAAGAGGAUGGGGAAGUAAGGCCAGCAUCGAAGCCACGCUCCAUGCUGCACAGGCCACGACUUGGGAGAGGGUGGAGGGUCCCAGUGUGGACCAUCAGCAAGCCAGCUCCAAAGGGAGGUCCUAGGCUCAGAGUGGGUGGGGCUAGAUUGGAAGUUUAAGGGCUUUGUCUCCACCCUUCACAUCCCUUGUCAGAGAGGGUUUGGGCAUGAGGAGAGGCUGGGGCAGAGAGCCUCUUGGGCUAGCACUGACCCGAGCAGUUGACUCCCCAGGUGUGGCCUCAUGAGAAUCCCCAACAAGCACCUCUUCUCUAGGCUGGAACUAAGCAAGCUAGAAGGUGGGUGGCCACUGCCCUCCUACAGGGUCACAGACUUUACCUGCCAAGGAACCAACCUGAAGCCAGGUAGACCUCCUAGGCACUAGGAAGUUCUGCUGGCCCGUGGCCUGCCAGGUGGGGCCCAAUGGAAGGAAGGCCUCUUCCAGGCCAGAAUUCCCUCCCACAGAGGUUCUCUACUGUGCCCUCAGGAACAAACAGAAGUUGAUACAGAAUCCCAACUCCAGUUUCCCCGCGUCUUAGCCCCAAAUCUGACCCUCAAGCAUCCCGCUGCUACGUCUUCUCGUCUCCAACCCACCAUCUUGAAAGGUCUUCUUUGAGAUUAUCUCAAAGGCUGUAUGUAGCCCAGGAUGGGAAGGGGUAGGGACAAUAGAAAAACUGUCUUCUGGGUAGUAAAGACCACAGCAGGGAACAGCGUGAAAGAGGCCACAGUUGGCAGAACAGCCACAGAGGCAAGGUUUCUGCAACCCUCCAGGCCCAAGGAGCAGACCCAAUUUUUAGUCUUGGGGUUCUCAAGGGUAAAAAUAAAAGACAAGGGGUGGAGGGGAUGUCCUACAGGUGAGACUUGAGUCAGCUGAGAGCUAUGUGAGCAAAUUAACCCCUGGGGGCUCCCACCUCCCUCCCUGGCAAGUCCACCUCCUCAUGGCCCAACCACUCAUUAGAGGCCACACCAGCUGGGCCAGUUUCUCAGGUGGAUUCUCUGGAGGUGAGCUGGGUGAGGAAGGGUGGGGAAGAAAACAGCUGUGCUUGUCACCAACACUGCUGUCUCAACAAAUGCUGAGAGCCAGGCACUACGCAAUGGACUGCUUGGGUACCUCGCUGAUGAAGCCUAUAAGGAAAGCCUCAGAGUGGGUCUCUCUUGAGGAAGUCCUCAAGGAAGCUAGUCCCUUAUGGCUGAAAACAAGGACCUCCAGCUACUGCCACAAAUAGGAGGAGUUUGGCAUCCAGUGUGUGCCAGUACCUAAGUCCAUCUGCAACUUCUCCACAAAAGAAGCUUACUCUCUGUGUGGGAAGAAAUAACGCUGUGCCUCUUAGCUGUGUCUCAGCUGGCUGCAUGGUGGACAUCUGGGGACCAUUAGGGAAGAGGCUCACCCUACAGGGUGACACAGCGGGGCUGCUUUACUCGCCAGCUGCUUUAUACUCCUGUUAACACUAGAGAACACAGGUGCUGUGUCUACGUGGAGAGGACAGGUAGACUGUGGGAAGUGGGAAAUAUUUAUUAUAGAAACAAAAGGAACAUAACCUUGCACACUCGUGAGUCGGUGUGCACCUCGGGCAGGGUGCGUGAAUCAUUGUC